AUCAAAUGUCGUGAUUCCCCCACACUGCACAAGCCAGGGCCGUCCUCGGAGUUGUCGAUUUUGUUGAUAUCGGAGCGCACCACGCCGCAAUGGUUUUUUUUUAACACCUUGCGGUGAUGGCCUCGCUUUCAGCCUUCUGCAAUCCGUCUGCCACUCUCCAGCAUCCCCGCUGAGGCGACACGUCACCGUGCCUUCCACUUUCCUUUCGCCUUAUCGGGCGACAACAAUUGCAUCGUGGACAGCUUCUGGCUAGCUUUGGCACAUCCCACUUCGCGCUUCAAAAGGUUGCCGUCACCAUUCCGACUGCUUACUCUUAAAGUCUAGCAUUGCAACGAUGGUAGACUCGCACGUCUCGAUGCUUACGGCGGUCGACGCCCGAUCGCAUGUCCACCUCGUCAUCGGCUCGAACCCUCUCGCCGCUGCCCGUUGUGGACAGUCGCUUGCUGCCGGUGCCCGGCCCCUCCUCGUUGCCCCCGAGUCCGCAGAGCUACACUAUGCUCUCCAGAAGCGCAUCGACGACGGUGAAGUCCACUGGGUCAAGAAGACGUUUGAAGACAGCGACCUCUUUACACUCGGCCGGCCCGAGAUCGACGGCGUCGUAGACGCCGUGUUUGUGACGUCGGGCCCUCGAGAUCCCAAAAGCACACACAUCUCGACGACCUGCAAGCGACACCGCAUUCCCGUCAACGUGGUCGACGCCCCACAGCUCUGCACCUUUGGUUUGUUGUCCACACAUACCGACGGGCCUCUCCAGAUCGGCGUCACCACCAAUGGCCGCGGCUGCAAGCUGGCAUCUCGGAUCCGCCGCGAGAUCGCCUCGUCCCUACCGCAGAACCUCGGCCCGGCCGUGUCCCGCCUCGGCGAUGUCAGACGGCGGAUACACGAGGAGGACCACCGCUUACACGAUGCGCUCGCGACCAGUAGCAGCAGUGGUGGUGGCGGCGGCGCCGAGGACCUCGGUCUCGACGACUCGGUCGACCAGUCGUCCCAGUUCAACAAGCUCGUCACCGAGGCGGAUCUUGACGCCGCCAAGAACAGACGCAUGCGCUGGCUCAGCCAGGUCUGCGAGUACUGGCCGCUGAAGCGCCUCGCGGCCAUCACUGAUGCCGACGUCGACACCAUCCUCAAGUCCUACGAGCAGCACGCGACUGCUAUCUCUCACCACGAGUCCUCCGCCGCCAUCGGACGACCAUCCGACCCAGCAGGCGGCGCAGGAGCGAGCUCCAGGCUCGGCCGCAUCAUCCUCGCCGGUUCCGGCCCGGGCCACCCAGACCUGCUCACCCAGGCAACCCACAAGGCCAUCCAGAGCGCCGACCUGAUCCUCGCAGACAAGCUCGUCCCCUCGGGCGUCCUGGACCUGAUCCCGCGCCGCACGCCCGUGCAGAUCGCGCGCAAGUUCCCCGGCAACGCGGACGCCGCGCAGGAGGAGCUGCACGCGCUCGCGGCCGCGGGCGUGCGCGAGGGCAAGACGGUGCUCAGGCUGAAGCAGGGCGACCCGUACAUCUACGGCCGCGGCGGCGAGGAGGUCGAGUACUUCCGCCAGCAAGGGCUCGGCGACCGCGUCCUGGUCCUCCCCGGCGUCACGUCGGCCCUGUCCGCGCCCUUGUUUGCCGAGAUCCCGCCCACCCAGCGUGACGUGGCCGACCAGGUCCUCAUCUGCACGGGCACGGGCAAGAAGGGGAAGGCCCCGUCGCCGCCAGAGUAUGUGGCCAGCCGGACGGUGGUGUUCCUCAUGGCGCUACACCGGAUUCAGGGGCUUGUCCAGGAGCUGACGACACACACGGACGCGGAGAAGGGGAUUGUGCGUGAGGAGGAGGCGGCGAAUGCGAGCGCGGGACAAACAACAGUCACACCGAGCAGGCCGCUCUGGCCGCUGUCCACGCCCUGCGCCGUCAUCGAGCGCGCCAGCUGUCCCGACCAGCGCGUCAUCCGCACGACACUAGGCAAAGUCGCCGAGGCCAUCGAGCACGAAGGGAGCAGGCCGCCGGGCCUACUGGUCGUGGGGCGGGCGUGUGAGUUUCUGCACAAGCCGACAUCGCCACCACCAUCGGCGGACGCGCCGGCGCUCUCCUCCUCGGCGCAGCAAGGGUGGACGGUGCACGAGGGGUUCAGGGGCUUGGACGUGGGCGAUGUCGUUGUUGGCGACGUGCUCGGGCAGAUUGCCGCUGCUUGAGUGGGUGUGUUCCUUUUUGGUGGUUUCCUGGGCUUGGGGUUUUUUUUUUUCUAUGUAUCUUCUGGCAUGUGGCAUGUGGCAUGUGGCGUUGGUGGGUUGGUUGGGUACUUAGCGAGAGCGUCACGGCAGCCAGCCAGGGGAGGCUCAAUUCCUCUCAUUUCGGAAUUGCGGGUAUAGAAAACAUGUGUGUGACGAAUUAGGCUACACCUUUUGCGCAAGCGUUGAUAUUUAUUCGGGUUUGGGGAGUUAGACCAUGGAUUCGAGGUACUCGUGGAGUUGAAUAUAUCCAGAUGCAGGCUUUCGCAAUAUCACUGUUUGAUAGACCAACUUGGCGUGUUACCAGUGGACAUCGGAAGGCUUUUGUUGUGUUUGUCGGUACAAAGUUGAGCAAAUCAAUUUAC